UGGCCGUCUGGGGUGUAUUCUGAGCGGAUGUCGGUCUUUCCCUUCCGAACUUUUUCCAUGGCGGUGGUCGCAAGCCGAUGAUCGAGCGCAACCUCGCAAGGCAAGAAGUUAGACAGCAGUGCGCCCGGAGCGGGAGAAGCUCAAGAAGGCGGUGUUGAAGGACCGAGCAGCGCCGAGAAGUCCCGCAUGAGUUUGCUCGUUUAUUCGCGCACACGGUAGCAGCUCGGAGGAGGGUGCGUGGGGGGGAUCGGCUCCAGAGGAAACGCGUUGCGUGAAGGUUUUUGGAGCCGCGCAAAAAAAAAAAAAAAGGACGGACACCAGCAUGCGCUGUCUCGCUCUUCUCCUGAGUUUAGGGACCCUCUGGGUGACACGCAGCCGCGGGGCCAUGGACGAGUGCGCGGACGAGGCGCGCCGGCCCCAGCGCUGCAUGCCCGAGUUCGUCAACGCCGCGUUCAACGUGACCGUGGCGGCCACCAACACCUGCGGCUCGCCGCCCGAGGAGUACUGCGUGCAGACCGGCGUCACGGGCGUCACCAAGUCGUGCCACAUUUGCGAUGCCCGGGACCCCAGACAGCAACACGGCGCCGCCUAUCUCACCGACUACAAUAACCAGGCCGAUACCACCUGGUGGCAAAGCCAGACGAUGCUGGCGGGCAUUCAGUAUCCCAGCGCCAUCAAUCUAACACUGCAUCUGGGCAAGGCCUUUGACAUCACCUACGUGCGCCUGAAGUUCCACACCAGCCGCCCAGAGAGCUUUGCAAUCUACAAGCGCACGCGCGAGGACGGCCCCUGGGUGCCCUACCAGUACUACAGCGGCUCCUGCGAGAAGACCUACGGCAAGAUGAACCGCGGCUUCAUCCGCACGCACGAGGACGAGCAGCAGGCCCUGUGCACGGACGAGUUCAGCGACAUUUCACCGCUCACCGGUGGCAACGUGGCCUUCUCCACGCUCGAGGGCCGACCCAGCGCCUACAACUUUGACUACAGCCCCGUCCUCCAGGACUGGGUGACUGCCACGGAUAUCCGAGUGACCCUGAACAGACUGAACACCUUCGGCGACGAGGUCUUCAACGACCCCAAGGUCCUAAAGUCCUACUACUACGCCAUCUCUGACUUCGCCGUGGGCGGAAGGUGUAAGUGUAACGGCCACGCCAGCGAGUGUGUGAAGAACGAACGCCACAAGCUGGUGUGUAACUGCAAGCACAACACGGCAGGCGACGAUUGCAGCACGUGCAAGCCCUUCUUUAACGACCGCCCCUGGGGACGUGCCACGGCCGACAACGCCAAUGAGUGUCUGCCAUGCGACUGCAAUGGGAAGAGUGGCGAGUGCUCCUUCGAUGCAGAGCUGUACCGGGCCACAGGUCAUGGGGGUCACUGCCAGGACUGCGCCGACAACACAGCCGGGCCGCACUGCGAGCGCUGUUUGGAGAACUAUUACCGGGACGGCUCAGGCCAGCGCUGCCUGGCCUGUAGCUGCAACACCGUGGGGUCGCUCAGCACUCAGUGUGACAACACGGGUCGCUGUAGCUGCAAGCCGGGUGUCACGGGUGACAAGUGCGACCGCUGCCAACCAGGAUACCACUCGCUGACCGAGGCAGGCUGCAGGCCCUGCUCUUGUAACCCAGCAGGAAGCACACAGGAGUGUGAUGUGAAUACUGGGCGCUGCCAGUGCAAGGAGAACGUGGAAGGAUUCAACUGUGACAGGUGUAAGCUGGGCUACUUUAACCUGGACCCUCAGAAUGCCCAGGGCUGCACCCCGUGCUUCUGCUUCCAUCACUCCACUGUGUGCCAGAGCACGGAUGGCUACAGCAUCCACACCAUCACCUCCACCUUUGACCGAGGUGACGAAGGCUGGACUGGUCAGAGGAGACACGGCUCCGGCGUGCCUGUGCACUGGUCUCCGGACUCCCAGGAGAUUUCGCUCGUCUCUGACGACUACUUCCCCGUGUACUUCGUGGCCCCUGAAAAGUUCCUGGGAAACCACUUGCUGAGCUACGGACAGAACCUCAGCCUGAACUUCCGCGUGGAGCGACGGGACACGCGCCUCUCGGCCGAGGAUGUGGUGCUGGAGGGCGCGGGUCUCCGCGUUGCCGUACCACUCAUCGCCCAGGGAAACGCCUAUCCCACAGAGCAAAUGCAGACCUUUGUGUUCAGGCUGCAUCAUACUGCUGAUUAUCCCUGGAGACCCAAUCUGGAGCAUGCGGAGUUCCAGAAGCUUCUGCACAAUCUCACCUCCAUCAAGAUCCGCGGUACCUACAGCGAGAGAAGUGCGGGUUAUUUAGACAAUGUUUCACUGGUGAGCGCUCGCCGUGGCCCCGGCGUUCCAGCGCACUGGGUGGAGAAGUGCGUGUGUCCGCAGGGCUACCUGGGCCAGCACUGCGGCCAGUGUGCGGCCGGCUACCGGAGGAGCAAACCCACGCUGGGCCUCUUCAGCCCCUGUGAGUCGUGCAACUGCAAUGGUCACAGCGACACCUGCGACUCCAUGACAGGAAAGUGUGACUGCCAGCACAACACAGCUGGCAUGAGCUGUGAGAGGUGUAAGGAUGGUUUCUAUGGCGACGCUACAGUAGGGUCACCAACAGACUGUCAGGAGUGUCCGUGCCCUGCAGCAGCCUCCUGUGCGAUUGUUCCCAGAACCAAAGAGGUGGUGUGCACUAACUGCCCCACGGGCACCACAGGUAAGCGCUGUGAGCUGUGUGAUGACGGCUUCUUCGGUGACCCGUUGGGCACGACCGGGACAGCCAGAGCUUGCCGAGCCUGCAAGUGCAGCGACAACAUCGACCCCAACGCCGUCGGCAACUGCGACCGGGAGACGGGCGAGUGCCUCAAAUGCAUCUAUAACACAGACGGCUUCUUCUGUGACCGCUGUAAAGAGGGGUUUUACGGCCACGCCCUGGCUGCCAGCCCAGCUGACAAAUGCAAAGCCUGUUCGUGCUCCCCGUACGGCACGGUGGACAGACAGACGACCUGCAUGCAGGUGACGGGUCAGUGCCAGUGUUUACCCCACGUCAUUGACCGAGACUGCAGUGCCUGUGAGCCCGGCUUCUACAACCUGCGGAGCAGCCAGGGAUGCGAACGGUGCAACUGCAACCCUAUCGGCUCGACCAACGGCCAGUGUGACAUCGGGAGUGGACAGUGCGAAUGUCAGCCUGGGGUCGUAGGUCAACACUGUGAUCGCUGCGAGGUCAACUUCUUCAGCUUCAGCUCUUCUGGCUGCAAACCCUGUGACUGUGAUCCGGAGGGCUCGCAGAACGCUCAGUGCAGAGAGGACGGGCGAUGCGAGUGCCGUCCCGGGUUUGUGGGGGCACGCUGUGACAUGUGUGAGGAAAACUACUUCUACAACCGCUCAACCCCUGGAUGUCAACAGUGCCCCACCUGCUACAGCCUCGUGAGGGACAAGGUGAACCAACAAAGGCAGAAACUUCAUGACCUGCAGAGCCUGAUUGACAACCUGGGCAGCAAGGAUACAGUGACUGACCAAGACUUCGAGGACCGCCUCAAAGAGGCGGAGAAAGCAAUUAUGGACCUGCUGAUGGAGGCUCAGGCAAGCAAAGAUGCAGACAAGGGUCUCCUGGAGCGUCUCAAGAGCAUCAACACCACGCUGAUGACCCAGUGGGAUCGCCUGCAGAACAUUAGGAACACCGUGGACAACACCGGCACACUGGCCGACAAAGCUCGCAGUAGGGUCCGUGACACUGAGAGACUCAUCGACCGGGCCAGAGAGGAACUGGACAAGGCCAAAGACGCCAUCAGCAAAGUGGAUAUCAAAACUCCCACGACCACUGGAGACCCCAGCAACAUGACCCUGCUGGCUGAGGAGGCACGCAGUCUGGCAGAGAAGCAUAAGAUGGAGGCUGACCAGAUUGAGAAGAUUGCAAAAGAUGCCAACGACACUUCCACCAAGGCCUACAACUUACUGAAGAAAACUCUAGAUGGCGAGAAUAAGAUCAGCAAUGACAUUGACGAACUCAACAAGAAAUACAAUGAGACCAAAGAGCUGGCGAAGAACCUAGAGAAACAAGCCAGUAAAGUUCACAAUGAGGCAGAGGAGGCAGGAACCAAAGCAAUGAAGAUCUAUGCCAACUUCACCAGCCUGCCGCCCUUCGACGUUAAAUCCCUGGAGGACGAAGCCAAUAAGAUUAAGAAGGAAGCGUCAGACUUGGAUAAACUGAUUGAUAAGACUGAGAAGGAGUACAACGAUCUACGUGAGGACCUGAGGGCCAAGGAGAACGAGGUCCGGAAGCUUCUAGAGAAGGGCAAGACUGAGCAGCAGACGGCAGAUCAGUUGCUGGCGCGUGCGGACGCAGCUAAGGCGCUGGCCGAGGAGGCAGCAAAGAGGGGCGUGUCCACGUACGUGGAGGCCCAGGAAAUCCUCGCCAACCUUCGAGAUUUCGACCAGAGGGUGAACGACAACAAGACCGCAGCCGAGGAGGCCAUGAAGCGCAUCCCGCUGAUCAACGCCACGAUCAACGAGGCCAACGAGAAGACUCGGCAGGCGGAGGCGUCGCUAGGCAACGCGGUGGCCGACGCCAAAGAGGCCAAAGGCAAGGCCGAGGUGGCCGAGAAGAUCGCCAGCGAUGUCCAGAAGAAUUCUGCUAAAUCCAAGGAGGACGCGGACAAAGCAUUUGAGGACACGAUGAAACUGGAUGAGGAAGUAACCAACAUGAUGAAACAACUGAGUGCCGCAGAGAAUGAGCUGGGAAAGAAGACCGAGGAGGCCAACCAGGACAUGAUGAUGGCCAGCAUGGCAUCUGAAGGUGCAAAGAAAGCAGAGGAAAAUGCCCGGAAGGCCAAAGAUGCUGUCCGCACCGUGCUGAGUGCGAUCAACGAUCUCCUCGGCCAGCUCGGCAACAUUGACAAGGUGGAUCUGAGCAAGCUAGACCAGAUCGACAGCUCUCUGAAGCAGGCCAAGGACAAGAUGGCAGGCAGCAACCUGGACAAGAAGCUGAAGGAGCUCAACGAAAUGGCCAAGAGCCAGGAGGACAUGAUCAGUGGCUACGACCAGCAGAUCAGAGAGAUCCGCAAGGACAUCGACAACCUCAACGACAUCAAGAAAACCCUGCCGGACGGCUGCUUCAACACACCGUCCCUGGAGCGGCCCUAAGUUGGCCUUGCUCCUCCCCCUGUGCCUCUGCUCCUCCCACCAGACCACGCCCCUUCGCUCCUCAGUUUGUUCACCUCCCUCUGUGCCACACAUCCAACACUCGGGGCAAGAUGCUACCUUGUACCAAAACAGCCUUUGUCUUCAUUUCACAUUUCUUCUUGUUUUUUGUUUGCUUGUUUUUUUUUUUUGUUGUUUGGAUUUUGUUUUCUUUAUAGUUUAGCUUUGUUUUUAUUUCAGUGAACAAAGCCACAUCUUUCAAGCCGUUUUUCUGUGAUUUGCACGAUAAAGAACGUGAAAGCAGCUCUCUCUCUCUCUCUCUCUCUCUCUCUCUCUCUCUCUCUCUCUCCUCCGAACACACAGCGUUGCCUCAGCACCAAGAUAACUCUUAGCUAGUGUGUGAGGAGGAAGGCUGUCAGAGGUGUCUUCUCAAGCUGAACAUGAGCCCACAUGAUGCACCGCCUCUGGUGGUCCGCUAGUCUUUCUGCUCUGCUUCCGUGCCCUGAAUCCGCACCCCACUGGUCUCGGUGCCCUGAGUCUCUUCCCCACCCCACUGGUCUCAGAGUCUCAGGCCAGAGUCUGCCCCCCACCUGAUGCUUCAUCACUGCCUACGGGGGCGGUCAGGGGGGUUGCAUUGUAGAUUUUAAGAUAUUGACCGACAGCCUCUACAAAUUUUAAAAAAGUUUUGUUUUGUUUUUUUGGUUUUUUUUUUUAUAAAAACCAGUGGUUCAGAAAGCGGACAGUGAAGGAAUCAUCAUGGCUGUGUCUUUUGUAACCUUCCUCUGCUCUCUCACAAAGUUACAGUGAUGGCUGGCCGUGUGGAGAGAGAGCCAGCAGACACACUACAGUACAGUAUUCAGCUCCACUCCUGUCACAUGACCACGCACGGUGAUGCACCAGGGGUGUCCAGCAAGGCCAUCUUCAUGUCCAGUUCUUUUGUAUAACUCAGUGAAACGGCAUGGUCUGUACGCAUUUCAUGUACUUAUUUUAACACUAAGGUUUGUCUGUUUGUUUGGGUCACGUUGCUGCUUACGUAAAGGUGUACUGCAGAUUACAUUACCGUUUUCUUUCCCCCCCACCCCCAGGCAAAAAUUCAACACUAUGCAACUUUGUACAUUUGCGUAGCGAGACUUUUAUCUGAUACACUGGUGCUAAUAAUUAUUUCAAAUGUUAUAUUUUUGUGUGAAUGUCUUUUUUAUUAUUAUUAUAUAGACUGAGGAUUUGUUAUUUGUGUAAAUAUAUGCUUAAAUGUUUCAGGAACGGCUGGUUUUAAAACCCAACCAGCCUCCUCAAAGUCACAUCUGAAACCUCCAGCUCCAUAAUAUAUAAAUAUAUAUGAGCAGUCAUGUGUAAUGUGCUUGCUUGUAUACAUGCCUCAGUUUUGUCGCUUCUUAGCUCAGCCAUUUAUUUUAAUUGUGUAAUUUUAAUUUCAGUGGGUGGUAAAUAAAACAACACAUAAGGCUUUUAUGAGAAGAACUCUCCACUGACACUUAACCCGACUGUCCAAAACAGUCCAAGUGACGUAUCUAACAUUUCAGAAAAUGUAUUUUUCCAGAGUGUUUGCUAUAGGUAUGAGACCGAUCAGAUGCCGUAUUGCUAGUUGACCUCUGAUGAGGUCUUGUGCCUUAACAUUUAGAUGCAGUCCAUAAUUUACAAUUUGCCUGGAUUACCACCCUGUUCCUUGCACAUAAUCUGAGAUUUUUUGGUGAACGUGUUUUUGAAGUCGUUAGCAGGGAAAGUAAGGCGUCUUUACCACAACAUUUGUUCCUCUCUGUCUGUUUCUCGGUCUGGUUCUUCUGUUGGAAUUUUCGAGUUUACCCCAUUUCCAUAACUUUUCAAUCAGUGUCUGGCUCAGAUGCCUUUGAAUUGACCACUUGUCGUGAUGUAUUAUGUCUGGUGAUGAGGGAUUUAACUGUGGAAUCUUGUCACCAAAACAUUUCAGUUAGCGCUCCCCCACUGCUCACCGUACCACUGGGGACAGACGUGCAACAUGUACACAAUUAUGUAUAAAACAGUAUUUUUAAUUUAUAAUGAAUCAAGUAUUUUUAAUAUGUAUUUUUAUGAUGUGUGUGAAUGUGUGUGUGUGUGUGUGUGUGUUGCACAGUCUUUUACGUUGGUUUUGGAGAGUAUAUGGGUUUUACGAUGGCUGCCUUCCUCUGUUCAUUAGCAAGGCACUCUUCACAAACACUACAAAGGACCUGAGAAACUCCGUCUUGUUUCCUGUUUGCCUGUAAAUCCAAUUGUAACGUUUCAAUAAUAAACAGUGGUUAUUACAGGACAUCAUAA